GUUCAUCUUCUUCCCCCAGAUCUUUGUUCGUUGGGGGAUUCUGGGUUCGAUUCAUGAACCCAGCAAACGCCAUUGGGUUCGUCGAUCAAACCUAGCGGCGUCUGCUAGGUUCGUCGAUCGAACCCAAGAACGCUUACUGGGUUCAUCAAUCGAACCCAGGAGCACCUGCUAGGUCCCGCUGGGUUUAUCGAUUGAACCCGGGGAUGCUUGCUGGGUUCGUCGAUUGAACCAAGGAGCACCUGCUGGGUCUGCUAGGUUCGAUCGUCGAACCCAAGAAAGCUAGCUGGGUUCGUCGAUCUAACCCGGGAGCACCUACUGGGUCUUGCUAGGUUUGUCAAUCGAACCCAACGGUGUUGGGUUCGUCUAUUGGGUUCAUCGAUCGAACCCAGGAAUGCUUGCUGGGUUCGUCGAUCGAACCUAAGAGCACCUGCUAGGUUCAGCUACUAGGUUCAUCGAUCGAACCUAACAGACACUGUUGGGUUCGAUUGAAGAACCCUUGAUGGGUUUGAUUGAAGAAUGCUGGGUUUGAUUAAUGUAGGGGCAUGUCUAUUUUGGGGAGAUCCUGGGUUUAUGUUAGAUAUUUGUGUUAUCGUUGGAUUUGAUGUUAGAAAGUGUCUGGAUUUGCAGAAGGUGAAAGCAAAUGAAGAGGAAGAAGAAGUGGUUGCUGGGUUCGAUUUCAAACCUAGCACACCUGUUGCUUUCAAUCAACCUAGUGACUACCAGGAUUUGAAAAAACCCAAUUGUGCUGGGUUCCUUUGAACCCAGCUUUCAAACCCAACAAAAGAAAUUGGAAGGGUCUAU